GCUUAGUAUGAAAUAAGAGCUUGUUGGGUAAACACGUCAUAUGUGUGAAGGGUGCCUCUGGGCCUGGGGCACUCUAGACCUGUAUAAAAGCCAGUCCAACUGCAGGCUGCCUCAUCCACUUCUACCUUCUCCUCCUUGGCGAACAAGGUGAACCUCCAUCCCGCAGCCAUGUCCUGCUACGACCUGUGCCAGCCCUGUGGCCCAACCCCUCUGGCCAACAGCUGCAACGAGCCCUGUGUCAGGCAGUGCCAGGACUCCCGGGUGGUGAUCCAGCCCUCUCCUGUGGUGGUGACCCUGCCCGGACCCAUCCUCAGCUCCUUCCCCCAGAACACUGCUGUGGGAUCCUCCACCUCUGCUGCUGUUGGCAGCAUCCUGAGUGAGCAGGGAGUGCCCAUCAGCUCCGGGGGCUUCAGCCUCUCUGGCCUUGGUGGCCGUUCCUACAGCAGAAGGUACCUGCCCUGCUAAAGCCGGGCUGGAUGUCCAGUGAGUGCAUCGACCAGGAAGACCAAAGCCAGGUGCUGGACUGAAGAUGGAGCUGCUGGUGUGGGUUUCCAGAUGGGCUGAGCACCUUACUGCCCUCCUGCAGGGGAGGGAGGGAAUCAAGGUGCCAGCCUGUGCUGUCUGGAAACACGGCCAACUGAUGUCUUCUUCUCCUGCUUUCUUCUCUGCACCAUGAGUCUCUUUUAUCUCCUGUUGUUCUGUGUUGUGACUCAUCCUGAAGCAAGGUGGAAGGGGUCAUGCUCAUCUUCCUCUCCCCAUGUGUAUGGGAGGAGGACAUGUUUCCUAUUACUGUGAAGGGGUUCCUGACUGUCAGCUGCCCUUGUAGCAGCCUGCACCAGGUUCUGUCCACCAUGCCCUGCUUUGUUUCAUUCUUUAGACUCAUUAAAGUUUUUGCUGCAUUGUAA